GAAAAAGCCGCGCCUGGGAAGCCGGCAGUCAGAGCUCAGUCUCAAUCCUGGAAAGGAAGCAGCAACGUUGUCUCUUUGGAGCCUUUUGGGAAGGGGCUUCCUCUCAUCGAGUGGCCCCUUGGCCUUGCAGAGCCUUUUCCUUCCCAUCCUAAGGGAAACCUAUAUAUCUAUAUUUGCAAAUUCUUUGGUGCAAGAGGACCCAAUCCCAGGAGAGGCUUGCAGGAAGAAGGAGAAGCAGGUCCCAGUCUUCUGUGGAUCCUUAUUUUUGGGGACUCUGACCCUCCUCGUUUCCCUCCCUCCCGCGACCCCCAAAGGUGGAGCCUUCGCUGGGGAAGAAGAUGCCCAUGGAGCUGACGCAGAGCCGCAUCCAGAAGAUCUGGCUCCCGCCGGACAACCACCCGGCCCUGCCCCACCGAUCUUGCGGCCCGCAGCUCACCAAUUCUCCCACUGUGAUUGUGAUGGUAGGCCUCCCGGCCCGUGGAAAGACCUACAUUUCCAAGAAGCUGACACGCUACCUCAAUUGGAUUGGCGUGCCAACAAAAGUGUUCAAUGUUGGGGAAUAUCGCAGGGAGGCUGUCAAACAUUACAGCUCCUAUGACUUCUUUCGUCCUGACAAUGAGGAGGCUAUGAAAGUCCGCAAGCAAUGUGCCUUAGCUGCCUUGAGAGAUGUCAAGGUGUACUUGUCUGAGGAAGGGGGUCAGAUUGCGGUUUUUGAUGCCACAAACACAACCCGAGAGAGAAGAUCAAUGAUCUUGCAUUUUGCCAAAGAAAAUGGAUUUAAAGUGUUCUUCAUUGAGUCGGUCUGCAAUGACCCAACUGUUGUCGCCACCAACAUCAUGGAAGUGAAGCUGUCUAGCCCAGAUUAUAAGGACUGCAAUUCCAAUGAUGCUAUGGAAGAUUUUAUGAAGAGGAUCAGCUGUUACCAGUCGAGUUACCAACCUCUUGACCCAGAUGACUAUGACAGAGAAUUAUCGCUUAUCAAGGUGAUUGAUGUCGGCAGGCGCUACCUAGUGAACAGGGUCCAAGACCAUAUCCAGAGUCGCAUCGUCUACUAUUUAAUGAACAUCCAUGUCCAGCCACGCACCAUCUACUUGUGCCGGCACGGCGAGAGCGAAUCCAAUCUCAAAGGGAGGAUUGGAGGAGACUCGGGGCUCUCCAUCAGAGGCAAGAAGUUUUCCAUUGCCCUGAAGCAUUUUGUCCAGGAGCAGAACCUGAAAGAUCUCAAGGUCUGGACCAGUCAGUUGAAGAGGACAAUCCAGACGGCAGAAGCCCUUGACAUGCCCUAUGAGCAGUGGAAGGCCUUGAAUGAAAUUGAUGCCGGUGUGUGUGAAGAGAUGACAUAUGACGAAAUAAAGGAGAAGUAUCCCGAAGAGUUCAUUUUGCGUGACCAGGACAAAUACUACUACCGCUAUCCAUCAGGAGAGUCCUACCAAGAUUUGGUGCAGCGCCUGGAGCCGGUCAUCAUGGAGCUGGAGAGGCAGGAGAAUGUCCUCGUCAUCUGUCACCAAGCCGUCAUGCGGUGUCUCCUGGCCUACUUCCUUGACAAGAGUGCAGAGGAAAUGCCUUACUUGAAAUGCCCACUCCACACAGUACUAAAACUGACCCCUGUGGCCUAUGGUUGCCGAGUGGAGUCCAUCUCUUUGAACGUGGAGGCGGUGAACACGCACCGGGACCGACCGGAGGUGAGCGGCCCCCCGCCGCCCGUUGAGCCCUCCUCCCCCCCGCCCUGUGUGCAGGGAAAGGCCCCGGGUAGACGUCUGUGUUUUAGAAAAACGCUCAGAGACGGAUGCCCGCUCCUUGAUGCAAAGAAGGGGCCUAACACCCUCAUGAGACGCAAUAGCGUCACCCCUCUAGCGAGCCCAGAGCCCACCAAAAAACCUCGCAUCAACAGCUUUGAGGAGCAUGUGGCCGCCGCCGCUGCCGCUUCUGCUGCCCUGCCCACCAUCUGUAUGCCCCCGGAGGUGCCCACCCAGGUGCCUGGACAACCUUUACUGGGGAAAGCCUGCCUACGGCCUCUUUGCCACCUUUUCAACCUUUUUGCUUUACUAAUAUUUCCAAGAACCUGAACUGUUCCUAGAAGCAAUCUUGAGAUUUCUUGGGUCGAAGCUUGAAAAACCGCCGACGGAAGCCCAGCUCCAUUGCAUCACCAUCCAUCCUCCGAAGCUUGCGUCUGCUGUACGAACGACUCCAUUUGACUUGAGGCUGAUGGCCCUGGAAGAUGAUCUGAUCACCUGCCUGCCUGGACUGAAUAGAAAUUGGAAGUUUUUAAGGGCAGGGGAAAUAGAGAAACAGAGACUGAUAACCGGGAGAAGGAAAAAGAAAGCAUCUCCUAAUGUAAACUGUGGAUUAUGCUGAUCUUUGAGCUGUUUCUUCAUCUCUCCUCCCUAGUAGACUGCAGUAGGACCUAAUGUACUACAUUGCACAUGGUUAUAUCCUGAUCAGUUACUUUUAUUUUUUGUUAUGAUUUUUGUAAAGCGAUAUUGUUGCCUUGCUAAGGAAGGAGGAGAGAGAGGCACGGUGUUUGUAAAACCAGACCGUCUCUGUGCACAUAUGGAAAAUAUAGCUAGAGAGGAGGUCAUAAAGGCUGCUUUUGGAGUCACCAACCAGUGUGUCCGCUCUUGAAACAGUUUGCAUGCCUCUUCUAUACACUCCGCUUAGGAAAUGUGUUGUUUACCUGCAGAACCUAUGGCUGUUUUGGGAUUGGGAGUGGGCAGAAUUUGCAGCGUCUCCUUCCAAAGAGGGAAUUUCAUUCGCCUUUCUGAGCUGGGAAAUCUCUUUGCUCAUAAUAAUCAUAGCAGGCAGCUGAUGGCCUGGGUUGCGGGUGAUAAGUGGUUUUAAGUGGCACGUGACGGUCUGAAAAUAUUGUUGAUUUUGAUUUGACCGAAUGGAGAAAGGAGCAUGAGUGUAUUGUAGGCAUGGACUGUGGAUUUUUGCAAGUUAGCUUUUCAUUUUUAAAAAACUUCCUUCUGCCUUUUCACCCCAUUUACACAGGGCAUUAAUCCAGCUGUAAAGGGAGUGUAGAAGACUAAUCUGUUGACGUUGCGAUUGGGGAUGCGCUGAGGAUUAGUUGGCUGUUUUUGUUAGUUCUCUAGAGAUACACCUUCACCAUCGACUCCUUUCCAUUUCCACUAGUGUCAUUUCCCUACAUGCAAGACAGCCUGCCUUCUUCCAUUUUCUGUUUUCUCCCCCCUUCCCCCCCAAUAAAGUCUCCCAAUUGGGGGCUUGAAUUGAUCUUGAUCCAACAAAGGCCAAACACCCCUUAAAAUUGGAUCUAAUAGUAUAAUUGGAUCUAUAAAGCAGGGUUGGGCAAAGCAGGUCCUUCCAGAUGCCAUCGGACAUCCAUCUCCCAACAUUGUCUCACCAUUGGCUUUGCUCACCAGGGCUGAUGGGACUUGCAGUCUCAUUGGAAGGGACCCACUUUGCUCUCUUGUGCUCUUUUGGGCAUUUGCAAGAAAUCUGGGCAUCCAAAAGCAAACGCAGGCUCAUUUCGGACCCCUUUCCUAGCCAUCAUUUGAACAUUUUCAGACUAAAAGACUUGAUAGGCAAGUCAGAAGUGGUUUGUGUGUUUGCAAUUCGAGGAAACGUUUGAGGUUGGCUUUGCAAAGGCGAAUAGCAGUGCCUUCAGCCUCGGCCUUGUGCUGUGACAAGUGCUUUAGUAUGUUUGUUUUUUUCCUUUUUGUAUUGAAAAAAAGUAGUAUUAAAGUGACACAUAUGGCUGACCAUUUUUACAGGGAUUUGCAGUGUGGAAGGAUUUCUAAGUGCGUCCUUGUGUAUAGGUAGAACAACCCUUUUGUUUUCUAGCGACAGUUUUAAAACCCCAUCCGCUUUGGGGAGGGGAAGAGUGUGUUUUCAGAGUGUUUUUGCACACAACAACGAGGUUUUUAUUUCCUCCCAGCUUUUUAGCGAUUGGGAUUCUCUGUUUCCUCCCUGACUUUAAUUUUUUUAAAGAGUGUACAUGACUUUAUCGCGUAUCCAACAAGUGGCUUUUUUUGUGGUCCUUGUUUUGCCUUCUGUCCCGCUUAGAUAAACCCAUUGCAGGGAAACACCAUUACUUCUGCUGCCCUGUGAUAACAACACCCUUUAAGCAAGCUGUUCUUUGCUUAGUCUUAUAGGUUGUAGAAACUGGAAACCGAGGGCCAUAUAACUGGACCAUAUAAGCAGGAAAUCCUGGGACAAUACUACAGUAGGGGAAAAGGGGAACAUUUAAUGUUGGGUGAGUUAGUCUUUUCGCAGAACGACCCAUUGGGGAGGCUCAGCCAUGAUGAAGAUACCAUUGGUUGCAUAGAGAAAGGCAAUUGAAAACCACACCGAUGACUCAUUCUUUGAUUGUGUUUUUCCUUUGAUACUUGAAUUUCUAUUUUUAUCAUUUUUAAUAGCAAAAAUGCUAUUUAUUUAAUAUUUAACGGAUGUUGCAAGAACUGAGAAAGGAGUGUGCAUUUUUUUCAACGUGUGAUGUUAAUUUUGUAUAUAUAUCUAUAUCUCUGCAUUUGGAAUAAUUUCUGUUUUGUUUUUGGUGGGUGGGAAGAGGGUGUUGCCUGAGACGAAGCAGUGCCAGCGAACUCAACAGGGUCUGCCUUUUGGAAAUUUGUAUAUUUUGCAGUUGCUGGACCAAUUAAAUAUCUUCUUGAAAUAAGA